AACAACAACAGGUCGUGGGAAGUAAUGAGUUACAAAAAUGGAGAAUUCAUCUGAAAACGAAGAACUUCAGGAAUUUCUCAGGAAGGUCGAUGAACUGGAAUCUGUGGUAAAGGGUGAUCUAAACGUGACCGAGGAUGUAUCUGAGCAAGUCAGACUUGAGAACAAGAAUCCAGUCAACAGGACUGUCAUCAAUACUAAUGCUUUCAAAGAUGAUCAAGCCCCCUCUCAACAAGCUCAUCAGAUACCAGCUUCAACAGCACCGAUGAGUGUAUCUCAGGAUGGCUUCAUGAAGGCAGUUGAACGGGAUGCAGCCGAAAGAGCCGAGAGAAGGAAGGAAGCAAAGAAGAGGGCGACAGAAUGGAAGGAUAAAGGGAACGUGGAAUUCAAAGAGGGCAAUUAUGAGAAGGCCAUAGAACACUACACUGAAGGCCUUACCCAUCUCAAGGACUUUGGUGUGUUGUAUACCAACAGAGCUCAGGCUUACAACAAGGUUGGUCAUUACGAAGAGGCCAUAGCCGAUUGUGACCUGAUAUUGAGACUUGAACCUAAGAACUCCAAAGCACACAUCCACAGAGGGAAGGCAUUGCUUGGACAACUCAAGUAUGAGGAAGCUGUAGACAGCUACAAGGAGGUACUUCACUACGACCCAAAGCAACAGAAAAUGGUGGACAAGUACAUCCUUGAAGCCAACCAAGCGAGGGCAGCAGCCGAAUCCGAGGAAGCUGCAAAGAGAACACUGGAGGGCGGUGACAUGCAUUCUAAGACCAUGACGGAUGUCUUGUCAAAACUUUGGCGUCCCAACCAGAAUCUUAUGUACUACGCUGGAGGAAUGAGAGUCCUGAAAGAAAUGAUACAGGAUGAUACUGCAAGGACACUCUUCAGAACUGGGAAAGGUUUUAAUUUAUUGACUGAAGCCCAUAUUCAAAGGUGUUUAUCCAAAGUGAUUGAUGGGAAGAAAAAAGCAGAAGCAGUUGAAGUCACCCAUUCUCUUUUGGAUCUCAUGAGUCAGGUUGUUAUCCAAAAUGAUGAAAACAGUCGAGCUGUUGUAGAAUCCAAAGACUUUGCUUCCACAUUCCUUGGUUUGCUUGGCUCAGGUAAUCCUGACAUAUCAAGACAGUGUGUUGCUCUCCUGCUAAGGCUCACAGAGAAUUCUGUAUCCAGGCAACACAUCAUCACUACAUUUGAUAAUGCUAGCUUACUGGUUGGCCUACUAGCGUAUGUGCAGACUUCACAGAAUGGAUCAGUAGAAGCUGCAAAGGUGUUGAAUAACCUUGCACUGGAGAACAAAUUCAGUUCCCAAUUCAGGAACAAAGUUGCUGAUCAAGUUCUCCAGCAUUUGAAAAGUUUUUGUGAAAAAAGUACACACAGUAUCACGUCCCAGAACAGUGACGUCUUUCCAUCAUGCAUUUCUUUCAUGGGGAACAUGGCACAUGAUCCGGUCAUCAGGAAGCAGAUUGCUGGCAGGAAGGAAUUCUGGGAAGCCUCCAUCAAAGUUUUGAAAUACCAUACCAAGCAUCUAAACAAGCCUAGCAGUAGAGAAAUGGUCUACACCACUCUUGGUCUGCUCAUGAAUAUCACCAUGGAAACCAGUCAAACGUUCAAGGACCAAUCAGAAGGGUUAUGCAAGGAAUUGCUUCCUUUAGUGAAAAGUGAUCAAUUAGAUAUUCAAGAGAGGGCAGCUGGAUUGCUAGGCAGGGGUCUACCUCACUCCACUGGGGCAGCUCAGGCAGCAUGUGAGGCUAGGAUACCCACCAUUCUACAUCAAACCCUUCAGAAUUCAGAUCUGUCGAUAGAAUCCAAGUCAGCUUUAAGUCGAUGCCUUGUUGUGUUCACACAAAUCAGUGAAGAAGCCAGAAAUCAGAUCGCUCAAGCUGAUCCAGAUCUGAGUUGCUUUCUUUCUCUCCUGAGUUCAUCAAGUGAUACAGUGGUAGCCAACAUAGCCCUCUCAAUCGGCCAUUGUAUCCAGGUGAUAGGGGUCAGCGAAAGGCUAGCCGACACCGACGUGGUCAAGACAUUACUGGCCAAGACCGACACAAGUAAUGAGACCAUAAAGCAGAACUGUUCUAUUACACUGGCUAAACUAGCCACAUCACACCAAAGGCACUUGGAGAGACUACGUGAUCUUGGUGGCAUCGGGAUUCUACACACCUGCUCUAAGUAUGCCCUGAGGUAACCUGUGGUAUCACAUACUCCAUCUUUCCACAACCUAUUCCGUCCUAUAGAUCCUGUCACUACUGACAUGUAAACCCAGCUCUUGUUCACAGACAUGCAUCAAUGGCUGGAGCCCCCCCCCCCCUGAUGUGGUAGAGAGCUGAGAUAUAAACAGCUUCAAAUCCAACUUGUUGAACUCUUAGACCUCAAGGAAAGAGAAAUCUAACCCAGAUGAAAGUUUUGCUUGCCCGUGUUCAAAAGCUGUACAGUGCCAUUAAACACUGUGCCCAUGAAUCCUUCAUGAGAAGUCAACAAUCGGCUUUGAACUUCAAAUGCCUACUCCCAAGGUGUAUCCAAGGUAUAGAUCUACAAUUUAUUAAUUUUAUAAUACAUCCACCACUAACGUUCAUAUUAUCAUGAGAGGC